CACGCGUUUGACUGACGAAAAAAAAAGGGAAUUGGCCUAUCGGCAACCUCAACACAGACGUACACCCUUUUGUAAGGAGAUUAAAAGAGACUGGGGAGAGAAUCACAGCGGCUGAUGUUACAGAUGCGGCCAGCGCGUGGUGCUGUGGGCAGCGGACAGUCUGCGCGCGGAUCCCUGCAUUGAUUCGGAGGAGACGCCGGGCAGAGACGAGCGUAGACGCGGCGGCCUGUUCUGUCGCGGCUCAAAUAUUAAUCUCCAGUAACAGGGGGCGUGAUCGUGCUCGCCGCCACCGCCGGCGCAUUUCGGAUUCACCUCUCGUGCGGGCGCAUUCCGCCGGCGUCGCAGCGGCUCCUUCAGGGACAUCCGCGUCGCAGCUCGCUGUAAACGAUCUCACGUUACUGGCUCAUUCAUGCGCUUUUGAUACGGCUCGCCGCGGCUUUUUCGGCGUUAAAGGCCACAGGUCGGGUUUGAUUUCCGCAGCCGGCGCCUUCGACUGAAUAAUAAAAGGUUCCCUGGAUGUGAGCGUUUUAUGUCGUAUUUGGCCGCCGCAUGAAUUCUGCCAGCGGAUCCUCGUCGGUGAACGCUUCUGCCCUCCUCCUCCUCCUCCUCCUCCUCCUCCUCCUCCUCAGACGGCCGAUCCUCGCAGAGGGCACUACCCUCCUCCCCGCCGCUAAAGACAUUUUGAUCGUCCACCCCGGUUCCCCCCACCCGGACUCGACCAUCACUCCGCCUGCCUCCUCAUCCACCGCCACCGCCACCUCCUCCUCCUCCUCCUCCUUCUUCAUCGUAACAUGUCGGGACAGUCUUUGACGGACCGGAUCGCCGCCGCGCAGCACAGCAUGACCGGGUCUGCCAUCAGCAAAGCCGUGUGCAAGGCCACGACGCAUGAAGUCAGCGGACCCAAGAAGAAACACCUUGACUACCUGAUCCACUGCACCAAUGAGCUGAACGUCAGCAUCCCCCACCUGGCAGACACGCUGCUGGAGCGCACGGCCAGCAACAGCUGGAUCGUGGUCUUUAAAGCGCUCAUCACCACGCACCACCUCGUGAUGUACGGCAACGAGAGACUGAUGCAGUAUCUUGCCUCCAGAAACACGCUCUUCAACCUCAACAACUUUCUGGAUAAGGCUGCACUACAAGGAUACAACAUGUCCACCUUCAUCAGACGCUACAGCCGCUACCUGAAUGAGAAGGCCAUGUCUUACAGGCUAGCAGCGGUGGACUUCACCAAGAUGAAGAGAGGGGCCGACGGCGUGAUGCGCACCAUGAACACGGAGAAGCUGAUCAAGACCCUGCCCAUCAUCCAGAACCAGCUGGACGCGCUGCUGGACUUCCAGCCCAACUCCAACGAGCUGACCAACGGCGUGAUCAACACGGCGUUCAUGCUGCUCUUCAAGGACUCCAUACGGCUGUUCGCCGCGUACAACGAGGGCGUCAUCAACAUGCUGGAGAAAUACUUUGACAUGAAGAAGAACCAGUGCAAAGAAGCUCUGGAGAUCUACAAGACGUUCCUCAACCGGAUGACCAAGCUGUCCGAGUUCCUCAAAGUGGCCGAGCGAGUUGGGAUAGAUCAGGGCGACAGCCCCGAUCUCACACAGGCUCCCAGUUCUCUCCUGGAGGCUCUGGAGCAGCAUCUAGCCUCCCUGGAGGGCAGGAAGCUCAAGGACUUCUCCACCACCAGCAGAUCCAGCACCUUGUCCAGUGCCGUGUCCUCCCUCUCCAGCACUGGGAUCUCUCUCAGCCGUAUGGACGACAAGACAGAUGACAACAGACUGCAGCAGCACAAGGAGGACGCUCACAAGGUGAACGACAUCCAGACGCCGAAUGUGUCGCCCAGCGCCCAGUCGGUGGCCAGUGCCAACAGCAGCGGAGGGGCCACAGACCUGUUCUCCAACUCGCCCAUAGUCCCCGUCAGCAACCACGUGCCAAACCUGAGCAGUGAGCUGUUCACCCUGCAGCCCAGCUUCACCCCCAUCCAGACCACACACACUGUGCCCCACAACAACAACGCCUGGGGAGGUGACCUGCUGAAGCCGGCCCUGCCCGCUCAGAUCCAUAGCCCAGGAGCCCAGUUGCACUCUGGGAAAAUGCUGCCCAACGACCUGGACUCUUCAUUAGCCAGCCUUGUUGGUAACUUGCAGUUUGGGGGAACGCCAGCGAAAAAGCCUGAGCUCCAGUGGAGUCAUCUUGUGGAGAAGAAGCCAACGGGAGGAAGUGGCUGGCAGUCAAAGACCAUGUGCACCAGCACCAACUGGACCCACACCACUCAUCCCAUGGCUCCUGCCCCCAUGCCCGUCCCACAGAUGAACGGGAUGAUCUAUACUGGCUAUGCUCCAGCACCAGUGGCUUUUCCUAUGACAACACCCCAAGUGCCUGUGUACGGAAUGCUCCCUCCUCAGAUGACUCAUCAGAUGGGGGGUGUUCCCAUGAUGCCCCCGCAGCCUGUCAUGUACAACCAGCCAGUCCUGAGACCCAACAAUCCCUUUGGACCUAUCCCGGGGACACAGAUGCACUUCAUGUAGGGAUGAUGUAACCAUGGCAGCAAAGCCGAGAGAGAGGGAGAGAGAGAGGGAGAGAGAGAGGUGAAGAGAAGACGAGAGGAACGAGUCGAAGGAAACAAGUCCAGAAGCGAAUCCAGUGCAGAAGGAAGAAAGACGAGGACGGAGGAGAAAAGGGAGGGGAGAGGACGGAGGAGGACCAGAGGAGGGAGAAAAGAUUAAAUGCCCAUGUCUGUUCCGCGUGGCCUGACCCUCUAAUCUCCUCUCCUCUCUCCACGCGGCGGCUGAUCCCUCUGUCUUUGAAUCUAUAGCGCUGGGGCACCAGAGGCUCUGCAUCAAUCCCACUCAUCCUCUGUUUGAUUUGCCAAUUCAGACGGCCAUUACUGACACCUCCACGCGAAGGUGCAUAAUCUCCGCUGCCACCGGGUGACCUCCUCCUCCUCCUCCUCCUCCUCCUCCUCCUCCUCCUCCACGACGCCCGCUGCCCGCUCCACCUCCACGGCCGAAUCAAACUCGGAGGACACGUGUCUCUUUUCUCUGAUUGGAUUGUCUGCUGGCACUUUACUCCGUGUGAACUUUGCCAAGGGUGUGUGUCGUUGUAGGUGAUUCUAGCGUCUUGUCCAGAUUGGUUCCCGGUUGCGUGUCAUCCAUCACCUGAUGUCAGCAGUAAUCAACCUGAAUGCGUGUGUGUGUGAGAUCCUUUUUUCUACAUUUCAGUGUGCUGCAUCAACAAUACUGUUUGAGUCCUUUAUGGACUCCAUUUGUUCUUAAUUGCCAAUUUCAGAUAGAGAAUCCGGUGUGGAACAAUAAUUUGCAGGCAGGAGUGUGUGUGUGUGCGUGUGUGCGUGUGUGUGUGUGUGUGUGUGUGUGUGAUGACGUAGCUGUGUACUGUAUGCGUCUCUCUUUUGGUACCUGAUGUCAUUACUGUGUUGCCAGGUACCAAGGUGUCACUGCACUGGAACUACUGACGAAAGCACUGAGCCAGACCCAGGAGUUGCAUUUGGAUGUAAACAAAGCUCUCAGACCAUCUCUGCUCCGGGUCGUGCUGUACACACUGUAGUUCGCUCCCUUAUCCUUCUCUACAGCUGUGCAAUAUCAUGCGACCUUGUGACUGUCUAUCACCGUGGUUACGUUACGUUUUCACCUUGUUUUCAGAACUGGUUCUGUUAAACCCACACUGCUCUACAUGUAGGGAAACUGCACCCAGAGCCACAGAAAGAGGGAACUGGAAACCAGUCAGUAGAUGAUGACAACUCCCAACUGUACAACGUCCUCACUGUCCUGAACAUUCGUCUUGUCCAAAAUUAGUCUCUGGUGAAGUGUUUUCCACCCCAGAAACACAAGAUAAGGGCGAUUACCAGCAGAUGUCUCACCUCCAUGCGGAGGAGCGUUGCUAGCGCGCAGACAGGUCCGGUAACGUAGUAUUAACAUUUGUGGACAGGACGGCUAAAGGUCAGUCUGAGGAGUGGAAUGAGGGCAGAGCAGCUGAGGGUAAUGUCUGCUGAGCGCUACCUUAAUGCCUGCAGGGGCAACGUCUAGAUUUGUUCAGACAGCUGGACGAGGGAGGCUUUAAUGAGACGUUAAAUGUUAAUGUGGCUCUUCUCGAAGAGCCAAGGUCACAGUCAGACCCACAGACAGACGAUAUAGACAUAUAUAGCACAAACCUUGAGAGGGGACUAUGCUCUGCUGCACAAAAACUAAAAUCAUUGCUGGGAUGUACAGUCGAAAGGGGCAAUAAUCGGUUGGAAUGAAGCUGUUUUAUAUGGACUGUCUGUUCUAUGUACACGUACUGUAUGUGUGUUUGUGUGCACAAACCUUCCCACAGAGACGAACAGGGUUCACGCUCCUCAGUUAGAGAUGAAAGUCUCCCGCGCGCUGGCGGCGCGCGAUCACACAGCAGCGUUAGUGUGAUGGCGUCCCAGUCUGAACAACACGUCAGCGUAAGGUGGCUCUGCACUCGCGCGUCUGCUAAUAUUCAAAAACCACACAAAAAUAGAAAAAGGAAAAAAAAAGUCAUCAGACCUGGAAUCUCAAAGUGAAUCUGAGCCCAACACGUCCAACUCCAGCCGGUGGAAAAACUGUCAUUAUGAUUCUCCACACGGUCCCUCAGUACCUGCUGCUUGGACUCCACUCCUCGCAGAGACCACACACACUCCCCCCAGUUAGUCCUCGUCCUAGUGGUUCGUCUCUCUCCGUCAACCGAAUGCUCUUUUCAUUGUGCACUUCAUUCCCACAAUGCAGCUCGAUCCAUCCUGGGCCAAACUCUUGACUGUUACUGCGUCCUCUGUAUAUAAUUAAUGCCGUUCAUGUGGUUUUAGACGUGCUCUCUCUGUAAAGUGAUUGAAGCCCCAUUGGAUGACGUACUGUACGUGGGACAAUUUAUUGCUGUAUUUGUGUUUGAAUGGUUGUGUUUUGAAGGGACGGGUCGGGGUGGGCCGGGGCUGAUGUCUGUGCUGUUGUGUCCAUUUCAAUGAGGAGGGGGGUGAUGGGGUUCGGGGAGGGUCGAGGGUAAACUAUCACAACUGGUCUAUACCAAGAGUGUCUUCAUCGAGGGAGUGGACAGGACAGGGUCUGUCCUCUUCAAAACAGGAACAUUUUUUUUGCACCAAAGUCAUCAUCAAAGCGCAGCUUCUUCUUAUUCAAGGUCACUACGGAUGGAUGAUAUCAGAAUUCAAAAGGAUUUUUGUCAUAUUAUUUUUUAGAGACAAAGAAACUGUCUUUUUUUGCAUGAUUAAGUGUCGUCUUUUUAUUGGCUUGUGUGCCCGGUAAAAGCAUGACCAUUGUGUGAACUCUCACUUACCGGUGUGUUUGAAAAACGUUAAGGAAAUUUCUCCAUGAGAGUUUUUACUUACCUCUUGACAUGAACGUUCAUUGACAUUCAUAAUCAACUGUUUUACAAUGUACAGUCUGUAACUGUUUGAAGGCUGCCUCGCAUGCAGAGAUGCAAACUUGCAAGUAACCCAUAAACUUCAAACCCAGUUACCAUCACUGCGUCUUUGUAAAACACAGUGGAUGUCAAUGCCAGUUAACACCUAGCUAGCUAGACAUUGCAGUCUUGUAAAAUCGCUCUUUAUUAAAGCGUUGCUAUUUUCAAUACGUGUGUUUGAAUGUUCACUCCUUUUUCAUGCUAUGCCAGCAGCAUCAUGGGAGGUUGUGACUGAAAGUCAAAGUACUGUAAUACGUGUUUGGUCUGGUCCACAUGUGUGGUGUUUUAAUGUGUUGCCCAGUCUUGUCCUGUCUGUUGCCACAACUGGAUUUGUCAAUUCCAAGUCAUCAAUGAUUACACACGCUGGCUUCCUGAAACCAGGAUUAGACUCUCCAGGAGCUGUACCUUUACCGAGUAUACAAAGACAUUUAAAUUGCAAUGUUUUCAGCCCCACACAAAGCUGAACUGCAUCAAUCAUAUAUUUGUACUCAAUAUUCUUUACAGCAAUAGUUUUAAUUAUUAAAAAUAUAGUUUUUAUUUUCCUAUCCAAUAUAACAAAGACAGCACUUCUUCAUAAUUACAACAUUUAGUUUAGCAGCUAAAGUUGUUCUGUUUCUCAGACUCUGUUAAAACAGAGUUCCUCUCAUUCAGGUGUCCUUCCUCUUCCUUUAAUCUAGUAACAAAAGCAGAAAAGGGUUUCUUAAAAGUAUCUGCCCCAAACCAACAUUCAUAGCACACACACAAUAUUUCUACCUGCACUCUAACUUUACAGAAAGGACACUAGAAGGAACAUGUACUUGCAGUCCUGUAUUUUCCAAAACAGAUGACUCCCAAGGCCGUCAUCUACUGACACAGGUUUCCUUACAAAAACAGCACUAAGGAUACUUCAUGGACUAAUCUGGCAGGUGGAAACCAGAGUUGCAUGUUCUCAGAGCAGAAACUGCAUUUCCAUGUCUUUAUAUUGGUGGAAGGCGCAUGAUGUCUAUGCAGUUUCAAGCUCCACCCAUGUCCAUCUACACACAUUUUACAUGCAGUUUACAAGCUGUAUUCAUUCAGAACUCUAGCAUCCAUCUGUGAACUGUCAACAGUUGAGGGCAUGAAACUCAGUGAAAAGGUCUUGUUAGCUAUGAGUGAGGAUCUAUAUCUUCAAUUACUGCUCAUUGUUUUUUGUAUAGCAAAGUAAAUUAUUACCAGGUUUUGAUUGUUCUCAAAUUGUUUAUUUGAAAAGCAUAGGUUGAUGUUUUUGGAAGAAAUGGAAUAAAAUGUCAUCUGAUGCUAA